CACUGCUCAUUCUGUCAGACAGUCAACAUGGCUGCUGUUGGUUUCCGACGCUUGGCCCAGGCUCUCUGUAGAGGGAACCGGUCCGGCCUUCCGGCCCUGGUGUCGGGAAGCAGAGCGGCCUCUGGUUUGACGAAGGAUGGUCUGCCUGGUGCGUUCCCCCAGACCCCAGAGGAGAAAGCUGCUGCAGCAAAGAAGUACAACAUGACGGUGGCGGAGUAUGAACCGUAUCCGGACAAGGGAGAGGGCUUCGGUGACUAUCCAAAGCUACAAGAUAGAUCUCAGCACGAGAGGGACCCCUGGUACAAGUGGGACCAUCCUGACCUGAGGAGGAACUGGGGAGAGCCGAUGCACUGGGAUUUUGAUAUGUACAUCAGGAACCGUGUGGAUACGUCUCCCAGCCCUGUGUCCUGGUCCACCAUGUGCAAACAGCUGUUUGGGUUCAUCGGGUUCAUGCUGUUUAUGUUUUACCUUGGGGAGAAAUUCCCAGCGUACCAACCUGUUGCAGCGAAACAGUUUCCCUACAACGACCUGUACCUGGAGAAAGGAGGAGAUCCAGAAAAAAAGCCGGAGGAAGUGAAAAACUACGAAAUCUAAACGAUUAAAAUCUUCUACUUGUGUAAAUAUAUAUUUCUGUGAAGAAUAAAAACGUAUGAUAAAAGUUAA